GGUUCUUCCGGCCUCCGGCUCAACCAUGGCUCAGCAUUUCUCCCUGUCCGCCUGCGACGCGGUGGGCUUCGACCUCGACCACACGCUGUGUCGCUACAAGCUGCCCGCGAGCGCCCGGCUCAUUUAUAAUAGCUUUGCUCAGUUCUUAGUCAAGGAGAGAGGCUAUGAUAAGGAAUUGCUCACUUUGACCCCAGAGGAUUGGGAUUUCUGUUGCAAGGGGUUGGCGUUAGAUCUGGAAGAUGGGACCUUUAUUAAACUUGCAGAUGAUGGCACUGUGCUCAGGGCAAGUCAUGGUACCAAGAUGAUGAGUCCACAGACGCUGGCGGAGGCCUACGGCAAAAAGGAAUGGAAGCGUUUUGUCUCAGACACUGGCACCCCUUGCCACUCAGGAAAGUGUUAUUUUUAUGAUAACUACUUUGACCUGCCAGGAGCUCUUCUGUGUGCCAGGGUGGUGGACUCUUUAACAAAGCAGAACAGAGGUCAAAAAACAUUUGAUUUUUGGAAGGAUAUAGUUGCUGGUAUACAACACAAUUUUAAAAUGUCAGCUUUUAAGGAAAACUGUGGACUAUAUUUUCCAGAAAUAAAAAGAAACCCAGGAAAAUACUUGCACAGUUGUCCUGAAUCUGUAAGAAAGUGGCUUUGGCAGCUAAAGAAUGCUGGGAAAAUUAUUUUGUUAAUUACGAGUUCUCACAGUGAUUACUGUAGGCUUCUUUGCAAUUAUAUCCUUGGGAAUGACUUUGAAGACCUUUUUGACAUUGUGAUUACAAAUGCAUUGAAGCCUGGAUUCUUCUCGCACUUCCCAAACCAGAGGCCCUUCCGCACUCUUGAAAACGAUGAGGAACAGGAGGCACUGCCUUCUCUGGAUAAACCUGGAUGGUACUCCCAAGGAAACGCUGCUCACCUUUAUGACCUACUGAAGAAAAUGACUGGCAAACCUGAACCCAAGGUCGUUUACUUUGGUGACAGCAUGCAUUCUGAUAUUUUCCCAGCCCGUCACUAUAGUAACUGGGAGACUGUCCUCAUCCUGGAGGAGCUUCGAGGGGAGGAAGGCGAGGCUGAGGAGACAGAGCCUCUGGAGAAGAGAGGGAAAUAUGAGGAACCAAAAGUAAAGCCUCUAAAUACGUUGUCUAAGAAAUGGGGCUCUUACUUUAUUGACUCAGUUUCGGGACAAGGAAAUAAAGAAGACGCCUUGGUUUACACAUGGUCUUCUAAGAGAAUCAGUACCUACAGUACCAUUGCAAUUCCCAGCAUUGAAGCCAUCGCAGAGUUACCCUUGGACUACAAAUUUACAAGAUUCUCUCCAAACAACUCAAAAACAGCUGGCUACUAUCCACUGGUGCAGGAUGCCUUGAAUCCUUGAGACAUAGACAACAUAAUAUUUACUAAAACUGUAACUACAUAUGCAGCAAAUGUACUGUAAAAAGUGUUAAUUUUCAAAAAAUAUUGCAAAAUGCUUUAUAGGAAUAAGUUUUCUAUGAAAAUUGACCAAAUUGGUAUUGGUCCAUAUGUCUCCUUUCUAUAUAAAUCAUUUUGAUGUUUAACAUCUCUUCUUAUAUUAAAAUUUUUAGUAUUCUGGGAAUAAAAUGAGCAUUGCUGAUGUCUUCUAUGCCCGAAGUUUUGAGAAUUCACCUGAGGUGAUAUGCACACAAUCAUAUCUUUACACCUAAUACAGUAUAGUAAUCCAAGGGCUCACAUAGUAAUAGCAUAGCAUCACCAGAAUUUGCUAAUGCAAAUUAGAAGGUCUUGUUAACACUCCCAGUAACUACGAAUGGGGCCCAGCAGUAGGUUCCUUUUUGUAAUAUUUUAUUUAUGAGAGAGAAAAACCAUGGUUUUGCUCAGACCUCUUGCCAGUGCACACAAACUCCAGACACAUGUACCACUUUGUGUAUUAGGAAACUGAAUCCUGACCAGCAGGCUUUGCAAGUAAGAGCCUUUAGCCCCCAAUCCAUCUCUGUAGCACCAGCAGUAGGUGUUUUUUUAAAAAAAAAUAUUAUGUAUUUAUUUGAAAGAGAGUAUAGGUAUACCAGGGCCUCCUGCACCACUUUGUGCAUCUGGUUUUAUGUGGGUAUUGAUGAACUGAGCCCUGACUGACAUACUUUGAAAACAAGUGCCUUUAACCUCUGAGCUCUCUCCCCGGCCCACGUGCAGUGGCUUUGUAUUUCAUUAUAAUUUGAGAACCAAUGAGUAAACACUGUAUUCAGGAGAUAGAUUUAUCUACAUAAAUGUGAAAGUUUUAUGCCCUUAUUUAAGAUAGCCAAUAACAGAGUUCAUUGAGACUAAAUUAUUUUUCCAAGCUUUUUGCUAGCCCUUGUUUUUCCAUAAUUUAUAAUCAUGAAGCCAGGUGGGGGAAAAAAAGUGUUAUCUCAGCCUCCACUCUUACCCAUAAAAUAUGGCUUCUCUCUAAUAAUUUAAAGCCUGUGUGUUCAUUUUCACUAACUCUAAGGCAUGUAUUCUCAGUGGUGGAAAAAAAAAAUGGUUCUUGGCUUGAAAACUGUCUUAGAAAAUACAAGGGGCUGUGCCUUUCAAAGUUUAACCCUUAUGCCUUAGUGUUAAUUUUUCCCACUAGGGAGAAAUUUAAUUUACAGAGGCUGGUGAAAAAAAAUGAAAGAAAGAAAAAGAAAAAGGCUGAGGAAAACUGCUCUCAGGCGUUUUAUAGGAUUAUCACAACCCAGGGUUGUUGUGUUCUAUGUGGGAUCAAGACAAUGUUUAUUACUUCCUGGCCACUCUAAAACUAUAACUUCAGACCAUGAUCAACAAGGCCAGAAAAUAACAUUAGAUAUUAUCAUUACUUUUCAUGGAUUAUAGUAGGAUAUCAUAUUUAUCAAUGAAAAGAAUUUUGUCAAAAUGUUUAACUAUUCAUUUAGAUAAAUCAUAAAUAUACUGUGGGAAUAAGUACUCAGAGUAAAUAAAAAAUGAUAGAAUUUUUCCCUUAACAUAAAUAGCUUUGUUUAAAUUCUACCAAUAAGAAUACAGUAAUACAUUUGAAAUAUUCAAAAUGUCAUUAGAGUACUAUGUGAGCACCACAAUAAAACUUAGGGCCAAAUGAAAGAUGCUAUUUAAUGGAUGCUUUAAGUAAAGGCUUGAUUUUGCUUUAAAAAUAAAGUUAUUUUUCCUUA